CAUAUGUAGUAGCCGGUCGCGUCGUAGCCUAGUGUCUUACUGUGGUGGUGAAGGCGAGAGUUUUGUGGCUCAUUAAUAGAGAUGGGUGUUCCCGCCUUCUUCCGGUGGCUCUCCAGGAAGUAUCCAUCAGUAAUUAUAGAAUGUGUUGAAGACAAGCAAUAUAAUACUGACGAUGGCAAGCAAAUACCUCAAGACACUUCGAAGCCCAAUCCAAAUGGGGUUGAAUUUGACAACUUAUAUCUUGACAUGAAUGGUAUUAUACAUCCGUGUACACAUCCAGAAGACAGACCAGCACCUAAGAAUGAAGAUGAGAUGAUGGUUGCAAUAUUUGAGUGUAUUGACCGUCUAUUUGCAAUUGUUCGUCCACGUAAACUCUUGUAUAUGGCCAUUGAUGGAGUGGCCCCUAGAGCCAAGAUGAACCAACAGAGAUCCAGAAGAUUCCGAGCCUCAAAAGAAGCCAUUGAAAAGAAAGUAGAAGUGGCUCGCAUAAGACAGGAACUCCUAGAUAAAGGUUUUAAUCUUCCUCCCGAAAAACCCAAGGAAUCACAUUUUGACUCCAACUGUAUCACCCCUGGCACACCCUUCAUGGAUCGCCUCUCAAAAUGUCUGCAUUAUUAUGUACAUGAACGACUCAACACAGAUUCAGGCUGGAGGGGUGUUAAGGUUAUCCUUUCGGAUGCUAAUUGUCCUGGUGAAGGCGAACACAAGAUCAUGGACUACAUCAGGCGUCAGCGUGCCCAGCCUGACCAUGACCCAGACACCCAGCACUGUCUCUGUGGUGCUGAUGCUGAUCUCAUCAUGUUAGGCCUGGCCACACAUGAAGCAAAUUUUACCAUAAUUCGAGAAGAGUUCAAGCCUAACAAGCCAAAACCAUGUGAAAUAUGCGGACAACUUGGUCAUGAGUUGAAGGAGUGUGUUGGUGUAGCUGAAGGCACAGAAGUUGACUGUGAAAAAGUGUUUGAAGAGACAAGAUUUAUCUUUGUACGCUUAAAUGUGCUGCGUGAGUAUCUGGAGAGAGACCUGGCGAUGCCGAAUCUACCAUUCAAGUAUGACUUUGAUCGAGCCAUCGAUGACUGGGUGUUCAUGUGCUUCUUUGUUGGAAAUGAUUUCCUUCCUCACCUGCCGUCCCUUGAGAUCCGUGAAAAUGCUAUCGAUCGCUUGGUGCGUCUCUAUAAGGAUUGCUGCUACAAAACUGGUGGCUGGCUGACAGAUAGUGGAGCUGCCAACAUGGAACGUGUACAAAUGAUUCUGCAAAAUCUUGGUAAAGUAGAGGAUGAGAUAUUUAGAGCAAGACAGAAACGAGAGUUAGAGUUCAGAGCAAGAGACAAGAGGAAGAAAAGAGAUGAAAAAAUGGAAAAGGAAGCUGCCAAUAGGUUUAAGAAUCAAACGGGUCAAGGAGCUUUCGCUGUUAUGAGGGCCGGGGACACUUCAGUGGCACAUGGAGCAAGAAGUUUUAUAAUGGAGCAACGAUAUUCUAAUAUGAAUACUGGAGAAAACCGCGGUAUGAAGCGAACCAUAGACAAUGUUGAGUCAGAUGACGAAGAUGAAGUGCCAGAUGAAGUAAGACUGUAUGAGGACGGAGCCAAAGACCGCUACUAUGAGUCCAAGUUUGAGGUGAACCCUGACAACUAUGAAUUCAGGAAACUAGUUGCAGAUGAAUAUGCCCGUGGUCUAUGCUGGGUAUUGAAGUACUACUACCAGGGCUGUGUAUCAUGGGACUGGUAUUUCCCAUACCACUAUGCACCCUUUGCUUCAGAUUUUUCUAAUUGUGCAAAGGCAAAUGUCAAUUUUGACAUUGGGGAGCCAUUCAACCCCCUGGAACAGCUCAUGGGUGUGUUUCCUGCAGCAAGUCGUGACCACGUCCCAGAACCUUGGGGCAGGUUGAUGUUGGAUCCAGAAUCAGUUAUCAUUGAUUUUUAUCCAGAAGACUUCAAAAUUGACUUAAAUGGCAAGAAAUUUGCCUGGCAAGGUGUUGCACUCUUGCCAUUUGUUGAUGAGAAAAGAUUAAAGAAAGCCUUGAAUUCAGUGUAUGAUAUGUUAACUCAAGAAGAAAGACGACGUAAUAAGAGAGGUGACGACCGUUUGUACGUCAGUGUUCAGCACGAAGCAUUUGGCCAACUGACAGACAUGUAUCGUAUGGGAAUGAACCAUAAUACAGAGGUCCCAAUAGCUGGCAAAGAAUAUCAAGGCAUGCAGGGAUCUGUUCUGUUGGCGACCGAUGCUGUUGAGCCUAAUGGUGUCUUGCGAGCCCCUGUUAGUGGGUUGGAUGAUGUCAAAAACAAUCAGGUGGUGACUGUCAGAUUCCGUGACCCAAAAUAUUCUGAAGGCUUUGUAUUCCCAGCCAGAAAGCUUGAGAAGGCAAAGGAACCUCCUCGUGUCCUCAAAAGCCAGGAUUUGUCUGCAAGUGAAUCAAGAAAUUACUAUCCUCAAAUUGGUUUCAACAGGAAUAUGCCCAGAGCAUCCCUAAAUGACUCUGGCCACAGAGCUCUUGGCCACCUCCUGCCGAACCUUCAUGGUGGAGGGCUGUACAGCAACAACGUGCCGCUUCUGCAGGGCGCCCGAGGAGGGCAAGGGCUUCUAGGAGCAAGUCCAGGACUUCUUCCAACACCACCAAGACCUGGGGGCUUCAUGGGACCAAGUGCAGGUGGCCCGGGAUCUUUCUUUGGUCCGGGGCUAGGAGGUCAAGGAGGCCUUCUUGGAACAGGGUCAGGACAAGGGGGCCUCCUAGGAUCAGGACCUGGAGUGCAAGAAAAUCUUUCAAGAUCAAGAUACGAAGGCCAAGAAAAACCUCCAGGGUCAUCACUAGGGCAAAGAAAUCCAACUAAAACUGGAAAGGGACGUGGAGGCCUACUUGGACUGGGACCACAACAAGAAGGUUUAUUAGGAAAUGGACCCCAGCAAGGAUGGUCGUACGGUUCAGAACCACAGGGCAACCAACAGGGAGGUCUGCUUGGGUCAGGUCCUGAACAGGAUGACAUGCAUGGAAGGGGUAACCAAAUGGGAGGUCUUUUAGGAUCAGAACCACACCAUGAAGAUAUGUAUGGAAGGGGAAGCCAACUAGGAUCAAUGCCACAACUUGAGAGUAGAUAUGGAAGGGUUAACCAAAAGGGAAGCUUACUAGGAUUCUCCCCACAACAGGAAGAUACAUAUGGUGGGGGACCAAAACAGGGAGGUCUUUUGGGGUCAGGACCUCACACAGGAAAUGUGUACAAAACAAACUUUGAAGAGGGAAGCCUGCUUGGACCAGGACCAAAUGAAGACUAUUAUGAGUCGGACAUGGAACAAGGAGGACUUCUCGGCAUGUCCCCACCUAUGAGUCACCACGUGAAUCGUGGAAGAGGUGGGGGCCAGUACAGCAAUGUGCCUCCUCCCCAAGGCGGCCGUGGAAGAGGUUUUGGUGGUAGAGGAGGGAAUAGAAGCCUCCUUGGGACACCACCAGCUGCUAACUUCCCAAUGAUGAGUCAGUCUUCAAAUUACCACAGUUCUCGUGGAAACAGUUACAGUAGUGGUUCAGGAGGGUACAGCGGAGGAAGGCAAAAUCAGAGCCACAAUGGUGGUGGCUACAACAGCCACAGAAGUCAGGGAGGCUACAGCAGUACUCAGAGACAAGGAACAGGAAGUUACGGCUACAGUUCAGGAAAUAACAGAUCCGGUUCGGGUGGAGGAGGAGGCGGAGGCGGAGGCGGUUACAACUCUUCAGGUCAUAGCUACAGCUCAGGUGGAAACUACAACAGGAAUAACAACAGGAACUACAACUCACAACAGGGAGGCAGAGGAAGAGGUGGUGGUGGUGGAGGUGGAGGUGGGGGAUAUUAUACAUCAAAUAAUUAAAUAAAAGGAGUUGUGCUCAGAAAUGAGUUACAGCACAAGUUGGUUCAAGAUAUGGAGAAAGUGUAGUAAAGAAAUGUUAUUAAGUAGGUGGAAUGGUAUGUUGAUUUGUCAUCUGUUAUGUACUUGUUGUCAAGUCCAGCAACAAAAUCAAUAUUUCCAUUUUUCUUGAUGUCUGCAACUUACUCUGUACUUAGUGCAUAUAAGAAUUGGUAUAAUACAUGUCAAAGUAUUUUAAUUCAGUAUCCUCUAAUUCAUUGCUGUUUUAUGAGGGGGUUAUAUUACAUAUAAGACAAGGAAAAUAUUAGUAUUUUGUGAUAUUCUUUUGGUCAAGUAUGUCAAAUCAGUGGUUGGCAUUAUUGGCUUGUGCAAUGUGUUCCAUACAGGUGGCUCUUUUUGUUAAAAAAUAAGGUGCAAGCAGCAUGUUAGAAUUCAUGACGACUGCAACAACAUGUACCAGAUAUUUGUUUAGUGCUGUUUAAUUUGAUAACAUUUUAUAAUGUAUAUAUGGCCUCUGAACUGAAACUCUGAAUAAUAUAUGUUUUAUCAUUAUCUCAAGUUUAUAUGAUAACUUGUCUAAUUUUCUAAUUAUUCGGUACCAGACAUUUUACUCUCGCCCACUUUUUGACAUUGCUCUACUUUACGAGACUCAAAAUGUGUAGCGAAAACAAAUGUUGAAUACUGCAAGUAAAUAGCACUGCUUUUUAUAUAUAUUAUUGUAAAAUACCUGGAAGACUGAAGCUAGUCUCUUGAUAUUUUGUGUAUACUUGUUGAAAAACUGUGAAUUAAGUUCAUGGUCAAACAAUAAUUUCUGGUUAUUGAAGUACUGUAUGAUUAGUUAGUUUUGAAUGAACAACAGCUCCAGGUUAGGUAAAUAGUUUCAUAUAUAAAUAUAUAUGAGCAUGAAUUUUGUGUAAUCGAAACAAAAAUAGAAGGAAUAUAUCUUACUUGGCGCAAAGUUUUGUAAAUUAUGCCUAGACAUUGGAGGGUACAAUAAGGACUGGACUGUUAUGAUACUGUACCAGUGUGAACGUGUGGUCACAUCUUCACCUGUUUUUCUUAUAAAGAAUUACCACUUUUCUGUACCAUAUUUUUAGUGUACAUGAUUAGUACAAAACUUUGUAAAUUAAUUAAAGUGUAUUCUUUCCUA